UGCGACGAUCUUCCCAGGUGCAAGGUGGGCAGGCGGCGGCACCGAAGGUUGCAGGGAGGGAAGUCCCUCGCGCAGACCCAACAGAAGCGAUGGACGGCGCUGCUCCUCCGGCGAACGACCCUCCAAUGGAUGAUGAAGCACCUACUAAUGGGUCUUUUGCUUCACGAUUUUCUGCGUCUCGUUUACAUUCGAUUGGGAAAACGCUCUUGAAAUCAUGAUGAUAAGUGGGCAGUUAUAAAUGGGGGUUGUUUCGGUUCUCUGCUCAAUAUUGGAUCUUUCUCCGUCCCAGCUGAUUUCAUGGAUUGGUUGAUCAUGAAAAUUGAUCCUGAAAGGAGCAUGUUCAGUCAUAAAUUGAAGACUAUACAUUUUACAAGAGACAUGGUGCCCAAAAAAUUUAACAUCCCAUGCGGGAGCAGGCCAGUGGAGGUGCUGAAGAGGAACGAGCCACACGAGAUGCGCAACAUUUACCGAUCUGGGAGCAGGGCUCCAAUCAACCGUUGCAUCAAUGUGCUUUGUGAGGCGAGCAACAAUGAUGUUGUUACCAUUCAGAGGUCUUGGGUUUUACUUUCACUUGGUCUUGUGCUAACCCCUGGCACUGAGAAUGUGAUACCGAUAGAGUACCUUCCUAGCUUGAUGGAUAUCGAUAAGUUGAAUGAGUUUGCUUGGGAUGAGCAUGUAUUGGAUGUUGCUAUGAGAGAGGUGAAGAAGUACCAACAAAAGAGGAAGUCUGGACUAGGUGGGUUCUGGAUUGGAGGGUGUCUACCAAUGUUUGCGGUAAUAUACAUGGACUUCUUGGACAUUCCUAGGACUCUGGCUGGUGUGCACACAUUCAACCGGACUCUUCCUAGGGCGUGCUUUGUCAGCACUGAUGACUUCAAAAUCGUUGCAGAACUUGAUAGAAACAAGCUUUCCCUCCACAAGGUUGAAUUUGGGAAACGCAAUCUUCACCUUUUGUCAAACACCCCAUAUGCAACAAAGGGAUCCCACAUCAAUGUUGAUUGUCAGAAGCAACCGCAUGGGUCAGCAGCUCCUCCCCCCGAUGCAACAAGAGCACACAACACGGAUGAUAAUGACUUAGGUGGCGAUGUAUGCGGCUCACUAGAUGAGUGGCUGCACCCACUGCCUUCAAGUGCAGACUUGGAGAUCCCGGAGCAUAUGCAACAAAUAUAUGAGAAGCACAAGAAUCUGCAUGAAGUGGAGUUGAAGAGCACUCUGAAUUCUGUUGGGAAGGUUUUUUAGUCAUUGUUCUGUAAGAGGGUGGGGGAGCUUUUGGUUGAAGUUCAUUCGAGCAAGUCAAGGAGGAAGGAGGAUAAGGGCGGAGGAGAUGUAACAUUCGUUGCAGGUGGAAGCAACGCAGCAUCCGCGCCUAAUACCAGCGCCUCAGCUCAACAACCUGAAGUGGAAAGGCAAGUGUCAGCUGGCCCCAGGACUCCUAGCUUCGAAGGUGCUGGUGAUACCGUGUUGAAACAAGGGCAGAGUUGUGCUCAAGUCGGCAAGGGGCCUUUAGACUUGGGAAAGGAGGUUGAACAGGAGGUUUCACAGCAGGAUGUUUCAAUAGAGGUCGAUGCAGAAGCAAGUCCACGUGUCAACCAUGGCAAGGAUGCUGAGGGCGUUGCUGCCAAUGAUGGCACGAUUAUCCUAUCACAGGGCACACUGAAAGCAAUGGAAGCCGCUGCAAUGGAAUGGGAUGAUGGCCCAUCGUGUGACCUUUUUCCAGUUGGGAGCAAAGACUACGAGUGGUUUCACCAGGAAGUGCCACCUAAAUCUUCAAAGAUCCCAUAUGUAGUUGCCACUCCCUCUGCUGCGAUGCACUCGGAUUCAGCGGGGCCUACAUUUGACAAAACGCCAGAGGCAGCUAGGGCUAAUGUGAAUAAGAUUGCACAUCCAAUUGCAACAGACAUCUCUUCUUCUCCUUUUGACAGCGAUCCAAAAGUUUCCACCUCAAAUGAGAUCAACAAGCCUAUCUUUGAUGCAUCUCCUGUUGUCACCGCAACAACUGUUGGGUCUUUAGGUAAUUCAACUAUCUCUGGAUUUGGAACACCAAAUGUUGAUUCCAGCAGUGGGCCAAGUUGUGCUUCGAAGAAGGCUGUCAAGAAGAAGAAAGGGGCUGCCCAGUUACCUGAUGGGGUUCUGAAGAUGAAGAAGAUCAAGAUUGAUGCAACCGGGAACGCUUUACAUCAGCAGUAUGUUAUGAACAGAUACAAGUUAAGGAAACCAAAGGAAGGCGAAUCUCUCCCUGCUUUCAUUGAAAUAAAUGGCUUCCACACCUCCCUUCAGAAUUUCCAUGCCUCGCUAAAGCCACGAGCCGAGAUUGACAAUGAGGUCAUGACUCUCUACCUCAAAACUUUCAAAAUAGAGCAAAGUUGCAGCAGGAAGAAGCCGAAGAAGUUUGCAUUCUCAGUUUUUAUGAGUGGUCAACUGGCUGCUGAGCCUGAAGUUUUUGAUCCUAAACUGUGUGAAAGGGAGUUUAGGAUGGCCUAUGAGAGCAGCAACAUAUCAAGUUGCGAUCUACUUUUCUUUAUAGUUGUCCAGAAGAGGCACUGGGCUGUAGUUGUUGCAAACUUGGCAAUGAAGCAAUUCAACAUUUUCAACCCAAUAAAGAACAGCAAAGAUGUGCAACUACUACACAAGGCAACCAGCAAUAUGAUCACGAACCUAAACAGAGUGGCAAGGAGUGAACCAGCAUUCAAACAUGAUCUCGAUUUGUUUGAGGAGUUUAAUCCACAGCAAGGAACUUACUAUGAUUGCAGAUUUUUUGCUAUUCUGUACUUGGAGAACUUCGAUGGUGUGGUCAUGGCAUCAUUUGAUCAGGAAUACAUUCCAAAGCUGCGGAUGAGGAUUGCAUCAGAUCUGUUGAGGCACCCUGACAACAAGUUGGACCCUGCGGAGCAGCUGAAGAAGAUGCUGCAUCAAAAGGGUGGUCGUUCUUGAGACGCAAGAUUAGCAAGGUGGUCUUGGGAGAGCUAGAGUGGCGUGCUCGUAGUGGCUAGUAGUUUAUUUUUUCUUAAGUCCUUAGUGAGAUUUUUAGCGAAACACUUCUGUCGAAAUGUUUUUGGAGCAAGAGUGCCACUGUAACUCGAUGUGUUUCAGAUCUACAAGGAGAGAUGACGUUUUCAUACAUGCAAAGAUAUUUUUUUUAAUCGCAACACCCGCCCCCGUGAUUGUUCUCUGUUUUUUAUAAAGCAACCAACAUCAAAGAGAUGAUGUU